AUGUAGAUAUAGCUACCACUAUCCUUGAAUACUUGAAAAAUUUCGGUAUAAAAUUUAUGUUUGAUAUUGAGUUUGACAAUUUAGAUGAAGAAUACAACAAAGAAGACAUAAUCUUAUCGGUAGUGCUCACAAUCUUCAAUAUAUGUACAGAACACAAAGUACAAUUAUUUCUGGAAAAUGCUAUCAUCAAAAAUUCAAUACUAAAUCAAAUCCAAUACAAUUCUUUGAAAAAUGAGCUUUUAAAUCAAACCAAUGAAAUGAUACUUCUAAAGGAUUCAGAUUUGUAUGCAGUCAUUAAUUAUUUAAAGAGAAUAGGAAGUUCUCAUAUAAAUAAAAUUUGGGUCCAAGUAACAAUUAAGCAGAAAUUUUUGUCUCUCAUAAAGAAAUAUUUUCAUCGUAAAGAUUUUCGUAUAUUUAAAUCGACCAUUCAUAUAUUUAAAUCGACGAAAGAAUUUACACCCCGUACAUCAUAUAACAUGAAUAUAAUGUCUAUAUGGUCAGAAGAUCUUAUAUAUGCAAGAUAUUUAGCAACACUUUUAAAUAGAGACAUUAUAUUUGUAAAUGUGCAUAUGGAUCUGUAUGGUGGAGGCAUACUUUUACCAUAUGUAAAAGUAUUUAGCAAAAUACAUGAAGGAUUUAAGCUUACUUUCAAUGAUGAUUCGAUACGAGUACCAAGUGCAAACGAAAUAAAUCUCUCACGUGUUGCCAACAAGGAAUCUAUAUCAAUCUGUAAUUUGUUUUAUGACGGCAAAUGGCACAAACCCAUAAAAAAUAUGUAUUGGCUUCAUAAUAACAUGUUAUGGCCAAAUGCGACAAAAGAUGAUAUUAAGAUCUGUUUUAAUUCCGCUAUAGAAGGAUUCAAGAUUUGGAAAACUUGGUCAACUACGAAUAGAAUAGACGUGUUAUCUCAAAUGAUAACGAUACUAAAUUAUGAUAGUAAAUUUUCCAAAAAUGUAUUAAAAUUGACUGCGUUCUCCAACUUUACUCGAGCAUGGUUACUUUGUUCUCAAAAUGAUAGAUUAGAAAUAAUCCAAAAUCGUAUUCCAAGAGGCGUUAUCAUUCUUAAGGAGAGAUCUGAAGAAAUUUUGAUUUUUCGAUUGAUACAAAUUUUAAUUUCCGGCAAUUCUGUUAUUGUAAUAGCUGAUAAACAUUCCUGUAGUUUGGCACCUUAUUGCGAUAUCUUUUCAACAUCUAAGAUACCAAGAGGCGUUAUAAAUUUUUUGUUUAAUCAAAACACAAAAGAUAUAGAAUUAAGUUUAUGUGCAACAGAUUAUGUAAACUAUGAAAAACAGUUAUUCACAUCCAACUUCGAAAAAAUGUAUAUAAAUCUUACAUUAUCCAAACAAAUUGUACUCUCUCUCAAAUAA